AUGGCUGCAAUUAAGGAAAAAAAUGAAAGCAUUGGAAGAAUCUCCUCUUUGACUGUCCAGCUGGAGUCAACCAAGGAAACACUACGUAAAGUUAAAGAUGAUCUUACAGCCAAACAGAACAAUUUGGAGACUUCUGAGAAAACAGUGGCAGAACUGACAGCCUGUGUGCAGGAGAAGGAGAGAGCCCUUGAGGUUACCAGUAAGGAAAUCAAGAGGCUACAUUCACAACUGGGCAGUAGGAUGCAGGAGCUCCAGCACCUGAGGAAUGAAGGGGAGCGUUUACGCGGCGUGCAGUUGGAGUGUGAAACGCUGAAACUGCAGGUGUUUGAGAAGGAAAGGAUUCUUGAGAUCUUCCAAAAGCAAAUUGAUGCCAUGACCCAGAUUGUAGGCCAGCACAGUCAAACUGCUGGAGCCAUGGCAGUUGAGAAAUCUCAACUUCUAAAAGAAAUAAAUGACUGGAAACUCCAAGUAGAAGAACUUAAGAUUGCAAAGGAUGAGAAAGGAGCCAGAAUACAGGAAGUGGAGUCCAGAGUGAAUCAGCUGGAACUGGAAAAGGUUGAACUGGUUAAAACAUGCACUGAGAGGCUUCGUGCACUUAAUGAUAUGAAACUGGAAAAAGACCAGCUCAUGAAUGAACUCCAGGCCAGUCAGAGUAACCUAGAUGGCCUUGCAGAGGGAUUUGAAGAUCUGAAGAGGGAUUACCAGGAUAAAAUCAAGGAGAUGGAAAAUACUGCAAACAGACUGAAAGUGCAGUUGAAAUCUGCCCAUGCUGAACUCGAACAGACUAGAACUGCUCUAAACACUAUGGAGGGAUCUGAUGGCAAUGUUAUGAAAGCUGCAGUGGCAAUGCAGAAGAAAAUUACAGCCAAGAGAGGACAGAUAGAUGCAUUACAGAGCAAGAUUAAAUUCUUGGAAGAGGCAGUGACAAAUGCAGCUAAGGAGAAGCGUUACCUCAGAGAAGAAAAUAGUAAACUAAGUCAAGAAUUGAGCAGUAUUACAGCAGAGAACACUAAGAUUGCUGGGGAAGUGGAGAUCCUGAGGUCACAAUAUAAACGACUGAGAGAAAAAAUAUCUAAGAUGGAGAUGGCCCUUGACAAGGCAUUCAUGCAAUUUGCAGAAUGUCAGUGCAUAAUCCAGUGUCAGCAACAGGAGGUGAUGCGCUUCAGACUGCAGCACACUUUAGAUCUAAAAGUAAAGCUGCAGGGCCCAGGCUACUCAUCAGCUUCUGCUCCAGGCAAGCUGCGGCACGUGGUGCCCCUUUCCCACUGGCACUCUGCUCUCCUGCCACCUUCCCUGACCUCCACCAGCUCUGCCCCUCGUGUGCCUUCCAAGCCAGGCAUUUUGAAGGAAGAACCACUGCAGGAUCUAAAGAGGAUUCUUCAAGAGUUAACAAGUUCAGAGAAUGACAUUCCCUCUGUGGAUCUUGGCAAGGAUGACAGCAAUGGCAAGAAGAAAUCACUUUCUUCCAUGGUGGGAACCGUGAGGAAUACAGUGGGGACUGGAGCUAGAGACUCUGCUACAGAAGCCAUUGUGGAAAAGGCUACUUUUGGAAGGGAUCCUUCAUGUUUACAUACUGCAGAUCUUCAGUCUCAAGACAUUACCCUGCCUUUUACAUCCCUUGCUAUAGAACCUGUGGAAACUAGUCAGAAUACGCAUAGGAGGUUACAGAAUGUGACGGAAAGCCUGCAAAACCUGGUAGAAUCAUUACAGAUGAAAACCCAAGGCCCUGCACAUGAAGCUCUGCAAACUCCAGCUGCAGUGACAAGGACUGGACAAGCACAGCGUCGCGCGCAGGAGGAUGUGACAGAGCUUCAGGUGCCCGCGCCUCAGGCCUCGAUCAUUUUAACGUAA